CUCGGUGCACGGCAGAAACCGGAAGUCAAUGGGAGGGCCAAGUUCCUUUUCCUUGAUUGGUGAACAAAGCCCUCCCUGACUGGGAAACCGGAAGAGGAAGUGUUUGUGGCUGCCUCGGCUGUCGCAAUGCAGAGGGAGGAGAAGCAGCUGGAGGCAUCCUUGGAUGCCCUGCUGAGUCAAGUGGCUGAUCUGAAGAACUCCCUGGGAGGUUUCAUCUAUAAGCUGGAGAACGAGUAUGACAGGCUCACCUGGCCCUCCGUCCUGGACAGUUUUGCCUUGCUCUCGGGACAGUUGAACACUCUGAACAAGGUCUUGAAGCAUGAAAAGACUCCACUGCUCCGCAACCAAGUCAUCAUCCCUCUGGUGCUGUCCCCUGACCGAGAUGAGGAUCUCAUGAGGCAGACUGAAGGACGGGUGCCCGUCUUCAGCCAUGAAGUGGUCCCUGACCAUCUAAGGACCAAGCCUGACCCCGAGGUGGAAGAGCAGGAGAAACAGCUGACAACGGACGCAGCCCGCAUCGGUGCCGAUGCGGCUCAGAAGCAGAUCCAGAGCUUGAAUAAAAUGUGCUCAAAUCUUCUGGAGAAAAUCAGCAAAGAAGAGCGAGAAUCAGAGAGUGGAGGUCUUCGACCAAACAAGCAGACGUUUAACCCUGCAGACACGAAUGCCCUGGUGGCAGCUGUUGCCUUUGGGAAGGGGCUUUCUAAUUGGAGACCGUCAGGCAGCAGUGGCCCCGGGCAGCCAGGUCAGCCUGGAGCUGGCACCAUCCUUGCAGCCUCGGGACUACAGCAGGUGCAGAUGACAGGAGCCCCAGGCCAGCAGCAGCCGAUGCUCAGUGGGGUGCAGGUGGCUCAAGCAGGUCAACCAGGGAAAAUGCCAAGUGGAAUAAAAACGAACAUCAAGUCAGCUUCCAUGCAUCCCUUCCAGCGGUGAGUGUGGCCAGCAACCUUCACUCGCAGGUGCUAUUGGCAGAGUUGGGCAGUGAAAUGACCUUUGGCUCAAGGCUCAUCCAAAUGGGUACAAUGAAAACGAGUGUGGGCUUCCAGCAUUAGACAGAUCCCAGUGUCACUGCUGACUAAGUGCAUGGACCUUGGGCAAGUGGCCUAAUUUUUCUGAACCUGUGUUAUGAUUUGUAAGUGGUAAUAAUACCUACUUCAUAGGGCUGUUGUGAGGAUCCAAAUGAGAAGAUGAAUAUAAGACUGAACAAUAUAUGAAACAAUAGGUGUUCAAUAAAUAAGUUUCUACAGUUA